AUGGCUGUUGUAGUAGUAAAUGAUGAUGGUGGUUCUAGUAGGCCCCUGUUCCCUCUUCUUCGCGUUCGGUUCGGCGGGUUGGGUAUUGGCGAUCGGCAUCCGUCUCCGCGGAGGCCGAUCACCCGCCCUCCUACAUCUUUCCAAACUUUUCAUUUUGCCGAAGGUCACGAGCCUCCAUAG